ACAUCCGCAACAAAGUAAACGUCAAACUCUCUUUUCUUCCACAUCGUUUGUGCGAGGACGUAGUGUCGCGUAAAGUUCCCGAUUAUUUUCGAUUCUCGGUUUCCUACGACUCCGUAACCAUGGCGGACAACACCGAUGCAGAGGGCGCUAAGAAGAAGCGCACGUUCCGUAAAUUCACCUACCGAGGUGUGGAUCUCGAUCAACUGCUGGACAUGAAGCACGAUCUGCUGAUGGAGCUCAUGCAUAGCCGUGCUAAGCGACGUUUCAAGCGCGGUCUGCGCCGUAAGCCGAUGGCUUUGAUCAAGAAACUCCGCAAGGCCAAGAAGAAUGCUCCACCAAAUGAAAAGCCCGCAAUCGUCAAGACUCAUCUGCGCAACAUGAUCAUCGUUCCCGAAAUGGUCGGAUCCAUUGUUGGUAUUUACAACGGCAAAACGUUCGGCCCGGCGGAAAUCAAGCCAGAGAUGAUUGGUCAUUAUUUGGGAGAAUUCUCGCAGACAUACAAGCCCGUCAAACACGGUCGGCCCGGUAUCGGUGCCACCCACAGCUCCCGUUUCAUUCCACUGAAGUAAGGAGUGCCGGCUGAAAGUUUAUUUUUAAAUUUAAACUUGAGUGAAAAGAAUGCAAAAUACAUACUGAUUGUAAACAGAAGUGAAACAUGAA